CCACAUUGUGCGUUAUCAUUUUAAAACAAACCCAAAGUGAUGUUUGAUUGGCGAUUCUGAGUAACGUUAGUUGUGGUUGAACCAGCAUCGUGCAAAGUACUGUGUUGUUGGAAUUAGUGAUGUAUCUCCCAGGUGUAAUCGGUUUACUGUGUCUAGUUCUACACCAUGCAAAAGCGAACGUGAUAAUGUCACCAGAGCCGUGCAAUGGUGGCUACUGUGUGCCGAAACAUCUAUGCCCUACCGGUAGUGUUGAAGGUGGAACAAUCUCUGGACAAAAUGACCUUAUCACACUGCAGGUUGAUGAAGAGAGCGAGUGUGGAGAUUUCAUGAAGAUUUGCUGCGAUGGAUCGUCCGUGACGACCGCAGCAAAUGACGCAGCCCCAAAGGCCGAUGAUACGUGUGGAAUUUCCAAUCCCGCAGGAUUGGUGUACAACUUGGAAUCGAAUCUUACGUAUGCGAAAUACGCAGAGUUUCCUUGGACUGUGGCCAUUUUCCGAAUAUCUUUCUCGUCGAAGGAUAUCGUGCUGACACACGUAGGCGGAGGCACUCUCAUACAUCCAAAGUUUGUUGUGACGGCAGCUCAUAUUUUGAAGAAACCUCAUCGAUAUUCGGCUCGGUUUGGUGAGUGGAACAUUAAGUCAGAUGCGGAGAUAUACGCAGCACAGGAAAUUGGAAUUGAGGAGAACAUCCUGCACCCAUCGUUCCGAGAUUUAUGCACACCCGAAAACAAUAUAGCUCUUGCCGUACUGAAACGAAGCGUUUUAUACACGGCCCAUAUUCGACCUCUAUGUCUACCAACUCCGCAAGACGUAUUUGAAGGUCAGCGGUGCAUUGCGACUGGCUGGGGAAAGGACGUACGAACUCAACUGCCAGCACCUAUUAUGAAGCGCAUUGAGCUGGACGUUGUACCGCGGGCAAGUUGUCAGACGUCGUAUCAGAUAGCGGACUCAGACAGUUCUUUCCGACUGCAUCGUAGUGAAUUGUGUGCAGGUGCGGCGGAUCUACAGGACACAUGUGACAAGGAUGGUGGUACACCGAUGGCUUGCCCAAAGGAAGAUGGAUCUUACGUGUUGGCGGGCAUAACUUCCUGGGGGUUGGAUUGUGGGAAACCUGAUGCACCGGGAGUUUAUGUGGAUGUGGCGAAGUUUGCUUGCUGGAUCAACGACACGAUCGAGGGCUAUGAAGAGUUACAUGCGGAAGAAUGAAGAAAUUAGACAUGUGGAUGUAUAGUUCAUUUCCCAUGAUGGUUAUUCUGUUUUGAGUGAAAUAACCACAGCUGAGGGCCAAUCUCGGGAUCUCUCGGGAGAUCUUAUUGAACAGUUCUUCAUAUACUUUAGCAAACCAAACAGAAUCGAAAUAAAAUUUUGUUGAAACAA